GAUAGGAUGCUGCGUGCAGCCGUUUGUAUUACUUAGACACCAACGGAGUCCCGGGAUGGUACGAUUCUGGCAACGAGGCUGAACUGCUGGCUGCUUCUAUCAUCCUCUCUUUCUCGUACUGAACACGAUGUUAGCGAAUGCUACAGUCGAAGUGUUCAGAUUAGCAAAGUCAAGCGUUAUCCAGGCGUCUGUCACGCUGUUGACCUUCCCAGUCCAAUUGCUGGGUCGCAUACGGAAGUUGGGCACAGAUGACAGAUGGACGCACAGUUCGGAGAAUAUGUUCGCAUUCACAGUAAUGCGUGACGUGCACUCCGAUGAAUUCUUGCUAUCACAGUCUCCUCCCCCACCCAUAUCCACCCCUUUACCAGGUCCAUGGAGCUUUUUGACGUCUUGGUAUGUUUUUGGAUUAGUCGUGAUGGCGGUUCUCUUACAUCGUAUACGGAACAUCGUAGUGCCCAGAGACCAUUUCAUCACCCGUUUUACUCGCACUGCAAGGCUCCGCGCAUCUGCCAACUCUUUCAUUCCGCCUGUUUUCCCCCUAGAUUUGUCGUCUUCAAUAACUCGUCUCGUGCUGCGCUCACCCUCACUGUACUUCAUCUUGAAGAUGGUCGCUAUAUGGCUCAUCGUCCUCGCUCAAACAGCAGACAAGUUUCCAACGUGGGACUUGUCAUCGUUGCAAUUAGUGGGGACUUAUGUCGCCAAAAGAGAAACGGCGGACCUCUGCUGGUCUACGUUUUGCGCUGUCUGUGGUGUUCUAUGCAUGGAAGGACUAACACAUGGUUUGGAAGGCGGAGCACACCGCCCUUCGCCAUUUAAUCUGCUCGGAUAUGCAUUUCUUUUGCACACCUACUCUUCUCCAGUGACUCACUGGGUAACGCUUGAAGGCUCGACUUCACGGCCAGACAAGCAUGUCGUGUUUACUAUCCUAUUGCCCUUGCUUCAGCUCGCAGUCAUCCACUCGAUUGGGAUCAAGCAAGAUUGGUCGUCCCAUCGCCUCUUUCCAUCGAUGUUUGCGUCGUUCCUUGCACUCACCCACUUCCAUUCAGUUAUGUGGCUAUCGGAUUCAUCUUAUCCUUUGCUCAGUUAUGUGCCUUGCCUGUUUGAAUCUACCCUUCUAGCCGUCAUAUUUCUGGCUCUUUUCCUCAAUGCAUUUACUCAACUUGCCACGGAGGGUACAAUCUCCCGUUUCUUAUUUGGCCAUCAAGCUGCUCUUCUUCCUCAAUGGGAUGAAGACUUCUCAGUCGCAUUGUUACGUAUGGGUACGGCAAGCCUCGAGGCGUCGUGCGUGUUGGGCCUUGGGAACCAAGUAGGGGGUGUUGCUGCGGUCAUGCCCCUUCCCUUCAACGAUGGAACCGUGGAACUGAAUCGCAUGGGGGUGGCUUCGCUUUCUCCGGCUGUUGAAGGCUCCAUCAAACACCCUCGUUUCAAGAAGGGUUUUUGCAAUGAAGUCAAGACCGUCAAGAUCACGACGACUGGAGGGGAUAUCUGGGUGGAUAUGACUUGGUGCAAGGAGCUUGCAAGGCUCGGGAUGAGUGUGGUGCGAUGUGUCAAAGGGCUGAUAAUGAAAUUUUGGAAAGUACUCAACCGAAGGUCGCGAAAGCCGCCCAACUUCCCUCCUCGGCGUAUCGUGGUCAGGAGCGAGGCAACCACAAGUCAGCGGAAUCAAGAUUAUGAUGAAGAAGCCGAAGAACAACAAGAAUUGUACGAAAGAUUUAUUAGGGGAGAGCCCAUGGACGAAGAAGAUGAAGAUUUUGAAUAUUACCCCUCCGAAAUGGAACGGGAUGGCUCCGUUGGCUCCGCUUCGUCGAGUUCUGAGCAUAGCAGCGAAGAAGAAGAAGAAGGGGAGAAGGAUCCACGGCAAGACACAGAGGAGAUUGUCAGCUUGUUUUCGGACCUCUCUUCCGGUCCCUCAGCCAUGACUUCUGCGCCGGUCUUGGUGGCGCAUAUGAUUCAUGAUUCAUCGUUGCCAAUGACGAGACGGCGAUUCCAGCACCUCACGUCAACGCCUUCUCAGCGCACUGACAGUUUCCUUAGUGACUGGUCGGACGUCGCUGCGAUCCGACGAUCAUCUUCUAGUGGCACUGCUCCACAUGAAGACGAGACGAUGAGAAACUGUGUGAUAUGCACAGUAGAGCCACGCCAAAUCAUAUGUUGGCCAUGUCGAUGUCUCGCGGUGUGUGAUGACUGCCGCGAAAAUCUCGCGUCCCGUUCGUCUGCGUCUACUCACACAUGUCCCUGUUGUCGAAGAAGCGUGGACGGAUAUUCAAAGAUUUACAUUCCUUAAUCUCAAAGGUUUUAUUUGGUAGAUUUCAACAAUGUAAUAUUAUGUCGCUAUUCCUGUCGUGGAACCUAUGCUCUAUAUAUAUUCUGGUUUGAGGUGA